AUGAGGGAGGCGAGCUCUGAGACGCAGCCAUUGCUGGACCCGGACUAUAUCGCUGAAGAAGCUGCUGUACAGAUUUUCGAAUCCGCCAUCACAGACGUUGACCAGGAAGAUGACAGUGACGAUAUCAGGUGGUUACGCGAACAGAGGCUGGCGCACAAGUCCUUGGCCUGGCACCGUAAGCCCACGGUUACGAUCAUGUGCGCGGUGUUGUUUCUCUAUUUUGUCUCAGCGAUGGUGUACGUUGCGAGCUAUGUGAUGUUGCUGCUCACGAGAGUGUGUAUCCACGAGCAGUCGCUGGACGCGUCAGUGGUUUGCUCAGACUCACGAGUACAGCAGUCGAUGACCUCAAUCCAGGCUAAGAUACUGCUGGCCAACGGUGUGGUUGGUGUCAUUGCAGGAGGGAAGAUUGGUGGGAUGAGUGAUAGGGUUGGGAGAAAGCCUCUGUUGAUAUUUGCAUGUGGAAUGGCACUGAUCAAUAAGAUCGGCGACCUGUUGUUGAUUUUGGAAUCUACACCAUUCCACCCGUGGUUUUUCAUUCUCAAUGGUGGAAUAAUGGGGCUCGGAGGUGGCAUCUCGAUGAUGGUUAGCUUGGCAUCGAGCUAUGUCACUGAUAUCGUGGAGCCUCAUGCAAGAACCACAAUGCUGGGGUUCACCAUUGGUGCAUUUUAUGCUGGACUAGGGGUUGGACCUCUUAUCGGUAGCUUCAUUGUACAUGGAACAGGCGAGCCGCUCUACACCCUGUACGUGUCCAUCGGACUCAACAUAUGCUUGGUGGUAUUGGGGAUAUUUGUCAUACCAGAGUCUCGUCCUCAGAAAUCGUUGCAUAGAUCACAGUCUAUGCAUCUCCAGAGAAGAGCAAGUUUUGCCUCUCAAAGGUCAAUUAGACCUCCAUCAUGGAAGAAUUAUAUACAUGAUGUUUAUGACUCUGUUGCCGAGAGUUUAUCAAUCGUUCAGAACCUAUGGCUACCAAAGCACAGAGCCAUCGGAUUCAUCCCACGCUACAACUUUGUUCUUCUCGUCGCAGUGGAAUGCCUAGUGAUUGCAUCUGCCGUGGCCAUUGGCGGACCGAUAGUGAUGUACGCUGUUUACAACUUCCACGCAAACUCCGAAGCUCUUGGUUACUAUAUUGCAGCCACAGGGUUAUCAAAGACCUUUGUUCUGUACUUCGUCUCCCCACUACUAUUACAUUUGUUGAAGAAGAUUUCGACUGUUCACUGGUCAGCACCGGAUCGUAUUGAUAUGAUAAUGAUUUCAAUCGCGGUGUUCUUUGAGCUGUGUGUACCACUUCUUGUUCUCGUUGCAAAGAACGAGAUGACAGUCUUUGCAACGGCAAUACUAGGGUCAUUAGGUGCGUUUUGUACACCAACAGUACAAUCAACCAUCAUCAAGUACGUCCCAGAGAACAAAACAGGCACGAUCUUCGGAGCAUUGGCUGUUCUGAAGAAUAUCAUCGGCAUGCUGGCACCUUCUGGUGCGCUGUACGUUUACAGCCAAACUGUCAACUUCAUGCCCAAGGCCGUGUUCUACGUAUUUGUAGCUCUUCUGUUUAUAGCAGCUGUGCUUAUACAGUUUGUCAGGCUGCAUGGAGAGAUCGACAUCAACGAGUUCCACAAGAAGAGAAGCAGCUCGAUAGAGAGCCUCCCAUCGUCAUCCUCGGUAUCCACGAUGAACUCCACACAGGAGACACAUGGCCAAACCCACUCGGAGACUAAUCCGCAACCUGCAAAGAACAGUGCCAACGUCACGACAAUAGAGUCUGUCAUCGCUGGUAGAAGAGCAUCCGUCUCACUACAACGGGAUCACCAGAAACAAACAAAGGGAUAA